ACAGCUGAACACCGUUCUGACGCUGAGCCGUUGAAAUGGCGCUGAUGAUGUAGUUCAAACCGACGUUGUGUUUGUAGUUAUCGUGCUCGUUGUUUGGUCGCUUCACAUCUUCAAGUGUGAUUACUUCUGCACCUGACCUCUAUUAUUAUUUUGUGGCAUUUUACGGAGUUCAUAAAACAAAAAUGUGGUAAAGGCGAAUUAGUUUAUAAUUCACCGUUUACAUAAUAAGGCCGCAGCCCGACCCCGGGUUUGCGUAGGGAUUACAACGGCUGUUGAGUGCUUGGCCUGCCGCUGCGAGAUCUCGGUUUCCAAGUGACUCCCGUUGGAGAUGUGCAUCAGUAACAGGAAUCUGGAAGUGAAGUUACAGACAUCAGUACCAUCACCCUUACUAUAUAAUUAAUAAAGCACUUUUUUUUUUUUUUUUUUUUUUUUUAAAUAGUUCCUCCCACCUGAGUUAGAUUUUGACAGCUAAUUCCCCCACACAUACACUCAACAUGGCAUCGGUGCCAGUGUACUGCUUGUGUCGUCUGCCAUAUGAUGUGACACGCUUCAUGAUCGAGUGUGACAUUUGUCAAGACUGGUUUCAUGGAAGCUGUGUCGGAGUAGAGGAGGACAAAGCUGCUGAGAUUGACCUGUAUCACUGCCCCAACUGUCAGGUCACCCAUGGGCCAUCUGUCAUGCGCAAACGCCGUGGCGGCAAUAAGCAGACAGAUGGCAGUGCUGCUGGAGCUAGAGAUCCAAGUCGGCCUGUUAAGACAGGCAGCCCACAGUUUGUUAGGGAGCUACGGAGCCGCACCUUCCCAGGUGCGGAUGAAGUCUUGCUGAAGCCGUCUGGGGCCCAGCUGACAGUCGAGUUCCUGGAAGAGCAUUCAUUCAGUGUUCCUGUCAUGGUGCUGAGGCGGGAUGGCCUCGGCAUGACCCUUCCUCCAGCGUCCUUCGGCGUCAACGAUGUAGAGCACUACAUCGGUUCCGACAAACAAAUUGAUGUGAUUGAUGUGUCUCGCCAAUGUGACCUGAAGAUGCGGUUGGGAGACUUUGUUGAAUACUACAACAGCCCCAAUAGAGACCGAGUGCUCAAUGUCAUCAGUCUGGAGUUCUCUGAGACCAGGCUCUCAAACUUGGUGGAGACUCCAAAGAUCGUGAGGAAACUAUCAUGGGUGGAAAACCUCUGGCCUGAAGAAUCUGUGUUUGAACGCCCUAAUGUGCAGAAGUACUGCCUGAUGGGAGUGAAGGACAGCUACACAGACUUCCACAUUGACUUUGGAGGCACCUCAGUAUGGUACCACGUUCUGAGGGGCGAGAAAAUCUUCUACCUAAUUUCCCCCACCACAGCCAACUUGGCGCUUUUUGAGCGGUGGAGUUCCUCGUCCAACCAGAAUGAGAUGUUCUUCGGAGACCAAGUUGACAUGUGUUACAAAUGCUCCGUCAAACAAGGAAACACUUUGUUCAUACCAACAGGGUGGAUUCACGCUGUGCUGACUCCUGUGGACUGCCUGGCCUUCGGAGGAAACUUCUUGCAUAGUCUCAACAUUGACAUGCAGCUGCGAUGUCAAGCAAACAUCGGACUUCUGCAGAAGUCCAGGGCGUAUGAAAUAGAGAAGAGAUUGAGCACAGCAGAUUUGUUCAGUUUUCCCAACUUUGAGACUGUGUGCUGGUAUGUUGGAAAGCACCUUCUUGACACCUUCAGAGGUUUGAGAGAAAACCGCAGACAUCCUGCCACUUACCUGGUUCAUGGAGCGAAGGCCUUGAACAACGCCUUCCGCAGCUGGACCCGUAAAGAGGCUUUAGCAGAUCAUGAAGUGGAGAUUCCAGAAACCAUCAAUACUCAGACCCUAGUGAAGGACCUGGCCAAGGAGAUCCGUCUGGUUGAGGACAUCUUCCAGCAAAACAUCGGCCGCAGUGGACCUCAGUUUCCUGGUUCGCCGCUCUCUAAAGCUCCUCUGACCACCUCUCAGAAUUCAGGACGCCCCCCUGGAAAAAAGAAAGUACCCAAGCCCAAGGAGGUGAUGGGGGGUCUCGGGCCCCCAGGAACCAAGAAGAAGAGUCAGAAGGGGCUACUUAAGGCCGAAGCAGGAGAACUUGACCUCAUUGAGAUCCACACCAAACAUACACUCAAAAAAUUUCAACCUGGCAAAUCCAAAAACAAGAACAAGCUGGAGUUGCCUCUAGAGGUGUUUAAAGGGAAGCUAAAUAAAAGCAAACUGAAACUCGUGCUGACCAAUGGAAAACUCAAAGGUAAGAAGAACAGCAGCAGUAAUGGUGCAGGAAAAGCAGGAAAGUACAAACAUCUUGUAACGGAGGGAUCCAGUCUGUCUGACUUGGAGUCCGAGGAUGAGCUGCAGAUCGACGAGACCCCUCCUCCACGACGCAAACCUGCAGGACCGAGCAAGAAAAAGAAACUAAGUGGUCUUCCUAGGAAGCUGCCCAGAGCCAAACCCUGCUCUGACCCAAAUCGGAUCAGGGAGCCAGGAGAGGUAGACUUUGACAUUGAGGAGGAUUACACCACAGAUGAAGAGGCGCUAGCCGCCCACGGGGUGAAGGGUGGCGCCGGGGGCAUUCUGGACUUAUUGAAGGCCAGCAAGCAAGUGGCAGGCUUGGACUCUGCAGCACUCAGUGAGGAAGCCCCAGCCUCUCCUAGUACUCGGGACGCCAUCCAGGGUAUGCUGUCCAUGGCCAACCCCCCUUCCUCGUCCUCAUCUUCCUCCUCUUCGUCUCCGCUAUCCAUUUCCGGAGGCCUGACAGAGGGAUUAGGGGUGGUCAAGGAAAAGGGUGGCAGGGCUGUAUGGGUGACUGGAGGGGUCAAAAAGACGAAAACUCCUGAGAAGAAACCUGUCAUCCAGCGGCCAGGGAAACGACCAAUUAAACGGCCAGCCCGUCACCUUAGUGACGAGGACAGUCCAGAUGAGCAAGAGGCUCUGGGAACCUGUUUUAAAGAUUCAGACUAUGUUUACCCGUCCUUGGAGUCUGAUGAGGAGGACCGUGCUAACAAGGCUAAAAUGAAGCGGAAGAAAAACUGGGAUGACACACCGUGGAGCCCGAAAGCCAGGGUGAUGCCCACCCUUCCCAAACAGGAACGACCAGCCAGGGAAGGGGCUAGAGUCGCAUCUGUAGAAACUGGUCUUGCAGCAGCCUCUGCCAAGCUGGCACAACAAGAGCAGCAAAAGCCUGCUAAAAGGAAGUACACCAAAAAGCAGCGUCCUCCCGCUCCUGUAGCCCCUCCUCCCCCUGUUCAGCCUGAGCCAGCCCCACCCUCACCGCCACCUGCUCCUGAGUCUGCACCAGACUUCAGCCCAGACAGGAGGAUGGAUUACUACUCCGCCAGUCUGUUGGACCACGAAUACACGGCAGGGCCAGGACCCUUUGGCCCUGGAGGCCCUAGAGGCAGCGGAGCCAUGGCCCCCGGCGUAUUCCUCACAUCACGCCGACCUUCACUUUCUCCGCAGAACAGCAGCUCUCACUCUGGUGCAUCCCCUGCAGGUUUAGCCAGCCCAGGCACAACCGGAGUUGGUCAAGGGAAACGUCCAAAGAAAGGACUUGCAACUGCAAAACAGAGACUUGGAAAAAUUCUGAAAAUUCACCGCAACGGCAAACUUCUCUUGUGAGAGAUGUUGGAAAUGUGGAUGAGGAAUUUUAAGUGGGAAUGAAGAAAAAGGCUUUUGUGAAAGUAGGUCUGAAGGAAAUAGAGAUAGUGAUCUAUAUUUUGUACUCUAGAUGAAUUUGUUUACCGUUUUCAGCUGUUGAACCUCAUUAUAUCAUGUCCUACACCAGUUACUCUACCUGUUUUGGCACUCCAUUUAUCUGCAUCUGUGACUUUAAACAAAUGGUAAGUACCUCUUAAUGAUCACAUACCAUUUGACAUUGACAGUGGGAAAUUGUGACACAUUUAUAUUAACUGAGAUUUACAAAAUCCAAUGGUUUCUUUUGUUUUGGCUAUUUUUAGUGGCUCUAUUUAUGCAAAGACAUAAAAUUUAAAAAGGGAAAGAAAAACACAUUUUCUAGUCAGGUAAAAUGGAAUGUCUGUAUAGCCCUCACACACACACACACACACAGAUAUGCAGUUGUUCUCUUGUAUUUAGUUGUCUUUUUUACCUCCUAAAACACCUUCUUGUGUGGUAUGAUGGUUACAGGAUACCAAUCUUUACACAAUAACCAGUUGUGCAAAAAUUCAGUGUAUUCACAUGGUCAGCAGCACCCAGAAUGCCACGUGUUAAUUCUUUUUGAGGAAUUUGUCACUGAUUGUACAACUCAUUUUCCUCUGUAUACUGUAGCUCUACACGUGAAGAACAGGGCAACUCAACUGAUGCCAAGAGUAACAUCAUACAGUUCUAUUUAUUCUGAUCAUUUGUUUUAACAAGGCCGCAUUUUGCAGCCUGUUUUAACAUGGUUGUCUCAUCUUCUUGGUCCCUAUUUCAAUUAUUUUCAUCCACUUAAUACCUGUACACAUUUUUUUUUUUACCGUUUGUUGUCAUUGUAAAUAUUUGUAAUAUUUGUAAUUUAUAUAGCUACAUUGGAAGAGCAGAAAAUUAUUAUGAGAUGAAGAGACUAGUUUCCUGAGGGUUGCCAUAGUUUGUGCCCCAAGUUUAGGCAGCAUUCUUUGGCCAGAUCUAGAGAUGUGCUUUCUUUCCACAGAUUGUACUAGUUAUAAAAUGUUGGCAGACGUGUAGAUUUAACUGUGUGAAAACAUUGUGACGGUGCAGGACAUGAAUUGAUAUGUAAAUAUAUGUUGUAAUUUAAGUUCUUUUAUAGUUCAAAAACUUUGAAAUCUUUCUUAACAUAACUUGUACAUGAUACAUUGCUGUAUUUGGAAAAUAUCUGAAAUAGUUCUUUUUUUUAUAUUUGUAUGCAGUACUUGUCAUGCUGCUUAGUUUGUCAUGUCUUGUCAGUGUAAUAGUGGAAAUGUUCUGGAAAAAAUGCCCUUGUUUAAUUUCAUCCAUUUUAUUUUAUAUUAAUUAUCGUUAAUAUUCACUCUUGUGUUGGUGUGUACUGUGUUUUAAACAUGAUGUGUUUAAAUACGACGUGGAACCGAUAAAAUAUACCUUGGGCAAAA